UAUUAAGGUAUUAUUAUACAAUUUCACUUUUGCUUUUUGACACUCUUGUUCUCAGUGUGUACACAUGGCUGCUGCAAGUUGUGUGUUGACUGAAGAUCAGUUUCUGUGCCCCAUCUGUCUGGAUGUGUUCACUGACCCAGUCACUACAACAUGUGGACACAACUUUUGCAAAAGCUGCAUCACUCAGCACUGGGAAAACAAUGGCCAUUACAAGUGUCCUAUGUGUAAAAAAAAAUUCCACAAAAGACCUGAGCUGCAAGUCAAUACGUUCAUCUCUGAGAUGACUGCUCAGUUCAGACUAUCGGCUAAAAAGAAAGACAGAAGCAGCUCAGAGCAACAGUGUGACAAAACACAAGUUCCCUGUGACAUCUGUGCUGGAACCAAACUCAAAGCCCUAAAGUCCUGCCUGGUUUGUCUGGCUUCCUACUGUGAGAGGCACCUGGAGCCUCAUCUGACAGCAUCAGCCCUAAGAAAACAUCAGCUGGUGAACCCUGUUAAGAACCUGGAGGGCAGGAUGUGCAAGAAACACAAUAAACCUCUGGAGCUAUUCUGCAAGAAUGAUCAGAUGUGUAUAUGCAUGCUCUGCACAGUUUUGGAACAUAAGAUGCACACUGUUAUUCGUCUGAAUGAAGAAAGUGAAGGAAAGAAGGCUGAGCUGGGGAAGACAAAGGCUGAAAUUCAGAAGAUGAUCCAGAAGAGGCAGCUGAAGAUUCAGGAUAUCAAACAUUCAGUGGAGCUUAGUGAUGAAGAUGCAGACAGAGAGGUAGCAGCUGGUGUUCAGAUCUACAACAUUUUCAGGUAUGUUCUGGACAUAGGGCUGAAGGAGAUCAAUGAGACGAUAGAAGUGAAAAAGAGAAUGACACGGGAACAGGCCAAAGGUUUCAUCACAGAGCUAGAACAGGAAAUCUCUCAGCUGAUGAGGAGCAGAGCUGAGCUGGAGCAGCUCUCACACUCUGAAGAUGACCUUGACUUCCUCCAAACCUUUCCAUUCCUGAAUGUUUUCUUACCCACCAAAGACUGGACAAAGGUCAGCAUACCUCCACCAAUAUAUGAAGGGACUGUGAAGAAAGCUAUGGACAUUAAUUAUGAAUGGCUGGGGAAGACUGAGGCCCUCAGUAAAGAGAGACGAAAGUUGUCUGAGGCUGAGCUGAGGAAGGUCCAGCAGUAUGCUGUGAAUGUGACACUCAAUCCUAAUACAGCACAUCGUGCCCUUGUCCUGUCUAAUGAUGAAAAACAGGUAAGGUGUACAGAUGAAUGGAGAAAUCUCCCAGACAAUCCAGAGAGAUUUUCUAUUAGGGGUAAUGUCCUAGGAAGGUAUGGUUACUCUUCAGGGAGAUUUUACUAUCAGGUUCACGUUGAAGGGAAGAAUCAGUGGGGUUUAGGAGUGGCCAGGCAGUCAGUGAACAGGAAGACAGACAUACCAAUGAGUCCGAAGAAUGGUUACUGGCAGUUAUGCCUGAAGGAUAAUGAGUACAAGGUUUCCGGUGACCCUCCAGUUCCUCUCUCUCUUAAGUCAAAGCCCAAGAAUGUGGGGGUGUUUGUGGAUUAUGAGGAGGGACUAGUUUCCUUUUAUGACACUGAUACUAUUGCUCUUAUCUACUCCUUUACUGGCUGCUUCUUCACGGAGAAACUGUACCCAUGCUUAAAUCCCUGCUUUUAUGAUGGUGGUAAAAACUCUGCUCCCCUGAUCAUUACUCCUGUUACUCGCACCUGA